UGGAGCGCAACUGACAACCUUGCAGGGGGUGGGCUACUGGGCUCACUUCCCUGGUGUGUGCGGGCUGCGUGCGGCACGUCUCACACCGUAUUCAUGUAGUUUAGAACGCGCACCUUUUUAUUUGUCACGCGGGUCGAUUUGCAGUUGGUCCGGCUGCAGGACAGCAGCAGCGUGGAGCGGCGGAGGGAGGGCUGCAGCGCGGAGGGGGGGAAUGCGUCCUCAGUCUGCCUGUGAAGAGCAGAGAGCGACAGUCCUUCCUGUCAAUCCACAUCUGAAGACAUGGUGUACUGGACUCUGACUGUCCUGCUGAAUGCUCUGCUGUGGGAAGGCCUUUGUGCUUUGGGGCUGAAGCCCACGAGAUGGCCGCUGUACUCCCAAAAGCCCCUGCUCCUCGCUUGGAAUGCCCCCACAGAGGACUGCGCCCCGCGGCACGGCAUCCAUUUCCAGCUGGACCAGUUCCAGAUCGUGGCCUCGCCCAAUGAGGGCUUUGUCAAGCAGAACCUGACCAUCUUCUACAAGGACCGCCUGGGCUUGUACCCCUACUACGAGCUGGACCAAACCCCUGUGAACGGGGGGCUGCCGCAGGUGGCCAGCCUCAUGCAGCACCUGGAGAAGAUGCCGGAAGGCGUCCACAAGUACAUCCGUGAACCCGGAGCCGUGGGCUUAGCGGUGAUUGACUGGGAGGAGUGGCGUCCGCUCUGGAUACGGAACUGGGAAACCAAAGACGUUUACCGCCGGCACUCUCGAGAGCUGGUGCGGCAGAAAAACCCAACGUGGCCCCCGGAGCAGGUGAGCAAGGUGGCCCAGCAGGAGUUUGAGAUGUCCGCCCGGAAGUUCAUGCUGGAGACGCUGCGGCAGGCCAAGAACCUCCGGCCCAACCAGCUGUGGGGCUUCUACCUGUUCCCGGACUGCUACAACCACGACUACCGCCACACCCUGGAGAGCUACACCGGCCGCUGCCCCGACGUGGAGGUGGCCCGCAACGAGCAGCUGAAGUGGCUGUGGACGGAGAGCACGGCGCUCUUCCCCUCCGUCUACAUGAGCACGGUGCUGCGGUCUUCCGCCUCCGGACGCCAGUUCGUCCGGAACCGCGUGAAGGAGGGGAUGCGCCUGGCCUCCUCGGGCGACGGCCUGGCUCGCCCGGUCUUUGUGUACACCAGACCGACCUACGCCAACUCCCCGGAGCAGCUGACUGAGACCGAUCUUGUUUCCACCAUCGGGGAGAGCGUGGCCUUGGGAGCAGCUGGGAUUAUCCUGUGGGGCGAGGCGGUGUACGCCAGCAGCAGAAAAAGCUGCUCUGACCUGGAUGCAUAUUUGCGCGGCACACUGAGUCAAUACCUCCUCAACGUCUCCACGGCAGCGGAGCUGUGCAGCCAGACCCUGUGUGCCUCUCACGGCCGCUGUCUGCGCAGGAACCCAGACAGCGAUGUUUACCUGCACCUCAACCCCGUCGCCUUCAAAAUAGCGAGCCACGGCGGAAAGCCGUCCGUCACCGGCGAGCUGGACGAGGCGGACAGGGCGGGUUUUCGGGCGGGCUUCCAGUGCCAGUGCUACAGCGGCUUUCAGGGAGACGGCUGCGACCAGACGGACCCCAUGCACCAGAGAGGAGGGGCGGCGGCGGGUCCGGCCGCGGCCUCGGCGCUCAGACACGUGAUCUUACUGGUGGUCUUUCUGCUCCUCCGUUAAUGAACCGCACAAACCCUCAGUAGACAUGCAGGACAACACGAGCGGAGCGAUUAGUGAUUUCACAGAACGAGCGGCGUUUAGUUUUUUUCAAUCGUUGUAAAACAUGGAUGACACAAAGUGAAGUUUUUGAUAGAAACACUGUGGAAAUUGCAAAGCAAUGUAUGUUUAUAACGUUGAUUUUUUUUUUUUUUUCAAACAGUGAAGGACUUGCUGGAAGUGACCUUGUUUACGUUUUUGCUCUCAGUUUCCUCUCAUUCACUGUUUCCCAAGGUGUCCGAUUCCAUGUUUCUCAUCGAGAGGAGGCUUCUGUGGUAAAGAUGCGAUGAAUGAGUCGACGUACGUCCGAGCUGUGUAGUGACAGUCAAAGUGAUGCACUUAAAAUCUGGAAAAACAGCACAACACAUUUCAAGUGCCUGAUCUCUCUCUCUCUCUCUUUCAGACAUUUGAUGUUUCUAUAGAGGCAAAUGCAGCAUUGCUAUUUAUUUGAAUGUAUUUUCAUGUGUUUUGUAUGAUAUUUCCCUAUUUUUGUGUCCAGUAUGACUACUAGUUUCCUCUUUAAACACAUUUCUCCAGUUUGACUUCAGAAGCCUGAAAUUUUCAGAUAUUUUUGUCUGACAUUAAUGUGUCCAACAAGCAAAAGUGUACUGUUAUCUCCAAGGUUCACGUUUUUCAGAGUAAAUAAACCUGUUGUCG